CUUCUGACGCAUGUGACGUCAUGACGCAAUCACUCAGUCCAGAGUCACAUGAAACAUUUCACAGCACAUAUCCUAAUGUGUCAAUUUCUGGCUUUUUGGAAGGAAAACAUCACCUGUUUUCAGUGACAGCGACUUUUAAUCUGCAGGAAGUGUAAAAAUUCAUCAUGGAUGAGGACGGGCUUCCGAUUGUUGGCUCUGGAGUUGAUCUUACAAAGGUUAGUAUUUGGCAGCGGGUUCACAUAAACCGUAAGCUAGCUGGCAGACGGUCAGCUGGGUGUUGUUUAAAGGGAGCUUUCAAAGGUUUAAAGUCAGUUUUAUUUUGUUUCUUAAAAGAGAUACAGAGCUCUCAUGGUUUAUUCAGCCCUUGGUUCCUACAUUAGCUUUCCUUGUGUUUCCCUCAGGUCCCUGCCAUUCAGCAGAGGAGAAUUGUUGCCUAUCUCAACCAGUUCGUGGCGCACACAGUCCGCUUUCUCAAUCGCUUUUCUACAGUUUGUGAAGAGGUUUGUAUAUCUAAAUGCGCCACUUUCUUUAAACACACACUCUUUUAAAGAUUACCUGAGCUGUCAAACUUCUCCUCCACAGAAACUGUCAAACAUCUCACUCCGCAUUCAACAAAUUGAAACAACCCUGUGCAUUUUGGAGGCCAAGGUGAGUCUCUUUGUCGUUUCUGUAGCUGCAUGCAUGUUAAAUUCAUGCAUUUAACAAAUAUUAACCAUUGUGAUGCUCUGGGCAGCUGUCCUCCAUUCCUGGGCUGGAGGAUGUGACAAUAGAUGGACCCAGUCAGCAGCAACCCGCUCAGGCAAAUGGACCCACCACCUCUAUUCAGAGUCAGACAGAUGUUCCACCAGCAGCACCGCUGCCUCCCCCAGAGGUAAAUGCACAGACAUGCAUAUCUAGCAGGGAGAUUCUUUAGGAUUUAUAGCAAAUUACAUUGACAAGAUUCUCUGAAUGUAUUUUGCACUUUCAUGUGGAAUCCAUAUGCAGAUGGGAUCUAGCUGGAUUGAUGUCACUCUGUGUCUGGGGAUUAAAUUUAGAUUUAACUCAUUAAACACCCUUUUAAUUUGAAGAUGCCUCAGGUUGUUACAGUCCACAGCAGAAAGGAGUCAAGUUGAUUUGAGGAAGAUAUUCACAGUUCUAAAAAGCUAAAUGACUCUUUUCUCUUGCGGUUACUCCCCAAUCCUGCAAAUCCUGGAGAAAACACUGUAGGGUCUUCAAUUUUUAACAAUACCAAUAUUUUUCAAUGUAAGAUUAACAAUUAAAGCUGUAUUCUCCUUAACAAUAAACACUAGCAUGUUAAUCUGUACAGUAAGAAAUAACUUAUGAAAGAGAGCAUCUUUGAUGAACGAUUAUUGGAUAUGCAUUUUGAUUUUAAAGUUUGACCCAUGUCCCAUUUGUUAACAUGGAGGGGGUGGGAUUUACAACCCACAUUGCAGCUCGUCACUGUGGGGGAUUGGACAUAACUUUUAAGGAGGCUGUUACUUGAGUCUAGGUUUGGGUUCUGUCUACGGUUCCUUCUAGUCUGUCUUUCAUGCUAAGCUAAGCUAAGCUAACCAGCUCCUGACCUCAGACUGUAGCUGUAUUUGUAUUUUGCAAAGACAAAACUACGACUAAAGCAAGUGUCAUUCCAGCACGUUUUGUUUUCUUUAUCUCUGUAUUUGGUGGUACAGCCUGCCCAGACUACACCAGAGUCCACAAUAACGGAAACAAUAGAGGAGAGUGCAGCUGCGCAGAAUGUGAUGACCGUGGCGAAGGACCCGCGAUACGCCCGCUACCUGAAAAUGGUUCAAGUGGUAAGACCUGCUCCGGACCAUGUGGUAUUUAAGAAUUCUAAAAUCACUGUCAUGUAUAUUUUAACAAAUAUAUCUAUUUCUCUGUCACAGGGAGUUCCAGUCAUGGCUAUAAGGAAUAAAAUGGUUUUGGAGGGACUGGAUCCUAACUUGCUUGAGUGAGUAUUACAUGAUUUUUGGUCUUCUAUGCAUGUGGACUAAUUGAAUCGAGUUUAAUGACAAUGAUCAACUCUUUGAUGACAGCACACCUGAUGCCCCUGUGCCUGACGGAGCAGCGGGGGUCUCAGAAGAUCAAGAUGUCGCUGCCACAAGCUCGGACAGUGAAUCAUCUUUUAGCGACUGAUAUCUCACAUCUCAAAAAGCUCCCUGUAAAGAUUCUCUGCACACCUGAACUCAGAAAGUUUGUAGCUGUGCCUGUAAGGACUUAAAAAAGGCACAAACGUAAGUGCCUGAAGCAGAAGAAUCCAACCAGUGUGAUUGUCAGAGAUUAAAUAGUCUGCCAUUGACCUCCAUUUUGAUACAUUUCGCAUUUUUAAUGAACAAUUAUUGUAAAAAAAAAAAUCCUCAUUAGUUAUAAUAGCAGUAGCCCUUGGGACAUGGCAGUAGCAAGUAUUUUUUGUACUGGAAGAAAUUAAAGUGAUUCAUAACCUACAGAAGAUACUGGCGUGAUCACAGGACAGCAUUUAGAAUAAAUGUACAAAUAUGUUUGUUGAAUACUUUGAAUGUUUAAGUCAUGAAUUGUAAAUUCUUGUUAAAGCUGGAGUCACAAUCAUGUUGGAUCAUGUCUUUCACCGUGUGACUUUUCCUCCCAAAAAUCAGCUGUUGGUCUAGAGACUGUUGGAAAAGUUAUGACAAGAAUAUUUUGGCCUCUUGUCCUUAAACUGGAUGCUAAAUAUCACCUCUUCUCAUACGUCAGAGCAGCCAAAACUGUGAUUUCUCUGGAGUUUACUUUCACUAAAGUUACAAGUUUAUGUCCUAUUACAGAUAAUAAACUAAUUGAACAGCAGCAUA